UUUGUUGGAGAAAAAGACACAUAUUGUAGUGAGGUGAUUGUGUUUGAUUCCCAAUCUGAAACCCUAAUAAUCAAUCACCUUCACUUCACGCGAACAACAAACAAUGGUGAGAAAGAGAAAGCUCGUCGCUAAAUCUUCUCAACCAGAGGAACCACCACUCAAACAGCAUCACUCUCAGCCCGAACCCGAACCGGAACCCUAUAUUCCCACCGAAGAAUACGAAGAAGUUGAGGAGGAAGUUGAGUAUGAAGAGGUUGAGGAAGUAGAGGAGGAGGAAGAAGAGGAGGUGGAGGAGGAAGAAGAAGACGGAGGAGAACAAGCUCAAGGUGGAGAAUACGUGGAAGAAGACGAUGAACCGAUUAAGGAUCUAGUGGAGCCUUUCACAAAGGAACAGAUCGCGACUCUCCUUUGCGAUGCGGCGGCUAAACACCGCGAUGUCGCGGACCGGAUCAGGAAGAUUGCGGAUGGAGAUGCUUCGCAUAGGAAGAUUUUUGUUCAUGGUUUGGGGUGGGACACGACUUCCGCAACGCUGAUUAACGCCUUUUCGCAAUACGGUGAAAUUGAGGAUUGUAAAGCUGUUACUGAUAAGGUUUCUGGGAAAUCUAAGGGUUAUGGGUUUAUUCUUUUUAAAAAGAGGAGUGGGGCGAGGAAUGCUUUGAAGGAGCCGCAGAAGAAGAUUGGGAACCGGAUGACGGCGUGUCAGCUGGCAUCUAUUGGUCCUGUGCAGCAAACUCCGCAGCCGACGGCGCAGUUGGUGCCACCUGGGUCGGAGUAUACACAGAGGAAGAUUUAUAUCAGUAAUGUUGGUCCUGAAUUGGAUCCGCAGAAGCUGUUUGCUUAUUUCUCGAGGUUUGGGGAAAUUGAGGAAGGGCCGUUAGGGCUUGACAAGGCGACGGGGAAGCCGAAAGGGUUUUGCUUGUUUGUUUAUAAGAGUCCUGAGAGUGCAAGGAGGUCGUUGGAGGAGCCUCAUAAGGAAUUUGAGGGACAUAUUUUGCAUUGCCAGAGGGCAAUUGAUGGUCCUAAGGCGGGGAAGACACAACAUCAACAACCUCAGCAGCAACAACACGUGAGUUCAUUGAAUCAAUUGAACCAACUGAACCCAUUGACUCAGAGGACACAAUUUCAGAGAAAUGACAAUGUUGGAUAUGUUGGUGGUAGUAGUGUUGCAGUUAGCCAACCAGGGCAUUUAAUGGCACCGGCUGGACCAACAAUCGGGUACAACCAGGCCGCCGCUUCUGCUGCACAGGGGCUGAACCCGGUGCUGACGCCUGCACUUGGACAGGCUUUGACGGCACUACUUGCAUCUCAGGGUGCUACUUUGGGGCUGAGUGAUUUGUUGGGGAGUCUUGGAACGAGUAAUGCUCUUAAUCAUGGUGGUGUUCCUGCUGCAGGUCAUGGAGUUCAGAGUGGGUACAGUGCUCAGCCUACUAUAAGUCCAUCAGUUAUGGGAGCAUAUGGGAAUUCAGUACCACAGGUUGGGUUGCAGGUGCAAUAUCCCAACCAGCAAAUUGGACAGGGUGGUUCCGGAAGAGGGCAAUAUGGCGGUUCUGCGCCUUACAUGGGGCACUAAGUGGGUGGCAGAUACUACAUAAGUGCAUCAGUCUUUUAUUACUGGCACGGUGAUUCUUCUGAAGUUUAAGGAGCUGAUGCAAUUGGCGUGUUUAAAAAGAAAUAUAACCUAGUACACUGAUCAGAAUAUUUAAAUUACCAAACCGUGUUCUGUUUUUCGCUGCCUAGUUUUUCAUAAUAUCUUUUAUUUCAAAAUAUUGUAUUAUUUUGACUUAGUUUAUCUUCUAAAAACCUAUGGAACUGUUUUUAGUAGUACUUUGAACUAUAUUUACAUCCUUACUAUCACUGGUUGGAUGCUGAACAAGUUAUAUUUUAAAUUUUAUGUUUGUGUGGACCAUUUUGCGUCGUAAA